AUGACGGGUAGAAAACCAGGAGAUCUUGAUACGUCGUUUAUCAAGUCUCUCAGGCGCGCGAACCAGCUGCAAUGUCAUUUGAAAGACUGCGCAGGCAAAUUCGCCGACAGCGAUGAGAGAUUAAAACAGCACUUCACAACGACUCAUCAAGAUAUCCUAGACAGCAAGAAAAUGACUUUAGCACAGCUUAUUGGUGACUGCCGAAAAGCCAAUCAAAACGAGGGAAAAGGGGUCGAGCGGGGAAACCAAGUCAGCUCUGGACAUGCUACAAAAGAUAUUUCUGCCAAGGACUCCAGACUUGAUGAACCAACCUCCCCCACUGGGGGCAAGUCACCUGAAAAUCAGACAGCCACUCCUAGAUCCAAGGCAACCAAGCCUAGUAAUGCAUCUUCAGAUCCUGCCUUUGGUCGGAGACCGCAGACCACUCAUCGUGGACUGUAUGACCCAAACAACCCUUCCAAAGAGACAACUCCAGUUAAACUUAGGCAAUCAAAUAGAGUGAGAAAGCAGGAUACUCAGUCGCAAGCUCCACUUGCUGAGGAAGCCACGUCUGAGGAAGACCAUAUUACUCCUCUUAUUAAACAACCAGAGACUCGUCCGAUUUCUCAGGAACAACUAGUUGCGGAAGUUAAGGGUAUAUACGCUGGCCUGGUAAUGGUUGAGAGUAAGUGUAUCGAGGUCGACAAUGCUCAGAGCUCGCAAAAUGGGGGGAAACUUAACAACGAGCAAUGGCAGGCCUUGAUUGCUUUGCAUAGGACUUUGUUACAUGAGCAUCAUGAUUUUUUCCUUGCCUCUCAACAUCCUUCAGCCAAUCCUGCACUACGGCGGCUAGCCUCCAAGUAUGCUAUGCCAGCUAGGAUGUGGCGCCAUGGAAUUCAUUCAUUUCUGGAACUUCUUAGACAUCGGUUACCAGCGUCGCUGGAACAUAUGCUUACGUUCAUUUAUCUGGCCUACUCAAUGAUGGCCUUGUUAUAUGAGACCGUGCCCGCGUUUGAAGACACGUGGAUAGAAUGCCUAGGCGAUUUGGGGAGAUACAGAAUGGCAGUCGAGGACGACGAUAUUCGCGACAGGGAGGUAUGGACAUCUGUCUCGCGGCACUGGUAUUCAAAGGCGUCGGAUAAAUCACCGACAACUGGGAGGUUAUACCAUCAUCUGGCCAUCCUGGCUCGCCCCAACGCACUGCAACAGCUCUUCUACUACACCAAGUCUCUUUGCGUUCCCACGCCUUUCACGUCAGCUCGCGAUUCAAUCAUGACACUCUUUGAUCCCAUCCUAAAUGCGACAGCGCAGAAGUCUCGUCUUCCUCCCAUCGACUCGUCCUUUGUCAAGGCACAUGGAAUUAUGUUCAGUGGCAAGUGUCAAGAUGAUUUCUUCCCUGCAGUGGAAGGAUUCUUGCAAGACUUGAACAACCACAUCGGCAGAAGCACCAGGCGUUGGAUGGAGGCUGGGUAUUACAUCGGGAUUUCGAAUUGUUGUGCGCUGUUAUCAUAUGGAAAAGACGACAAUUCUAUAUUCCAGACCAUCCGUCCACCACGGACAGACGGUGCCGCUGAUAUCACCAUGGCGGAGCCUGAUGAUAUGCCAGAGGCUUUCAAGAGAGCUCUGCAUUUGACCCAGGGUACACAAGAGGUUGUGUUCCGGCGCCAAGCCGACCCAAACAUCCUUCCUUAUUUCCAUACAGUUCUUGUUUUUAUGGAUCACCUUAUCGCUUAUCCAUCAGCAAUGAGCUUGGUUGAGAAGAGUUUUCCUUGGCAGCUGGCGGCUUCCUUACUGAAUUUUCUACUCUCGUCGUAUCGCAACUACGAGCGUAUUAAUAGCAGCGAGUUUCCCCAGCCAGAGAAUGAAGUUCCACGACCGCUUCCGGAAGAUUUCGCUAUGAAAGGCUUGCUCUGGGUUGACAAGUAUUACCCAACUGACUUCUUCCGAAACGACAAGAUAGACGACGAUGAGAAGUACUUUGAGGUGGCAUCAAUGACGGAAGAAAGAAUUGAGCGAAUCCUCUGGCUGGGCUGUCGUAUGGCGACUCGCAGCAACAAAUGGCUCACAUAUGACAGCAUCACUCAUGAAUUUGGAGUAGGAUCUGACUACGCCACGCAUUUGACCUCGACUUCUGCAGACCACAUUUCUACAGUUAUGGACGACACGGAAAUGACCAUUUCUGGUGAAACCCCGGAGACGGUCAACUCAGAGCUUCCUACCGCUGCAACAACCAAGAAUCUUGGGCAGGCUGAUCAGCUGAUGAUGGACGUAGAGGAAGCUUCUCAGAGUGGCCCCAUGUUCACACAAUAA